AUGGCUCAAAUGAAAAUACAUCAAAGAAAGGCAUACAAGGGAAUCAAAUGGCAAGUAAUAUUUUCUUAUGUCAUAUUAUCCUACCUGUGUCAUUCAGUGUCUAGUCAGCUGCAUUACUCUAUUCUUGAAGAAAGUAGAAAAGGAUAUAUAGUAGGGAAUAUUGCAAAUGAUCUAGGAUUAGAUAUUAAAGAUCUGCCAUUUAGAAAUCUAAGAAUUGUAUCACGCAUUUCUGAUGAAUACUUUACUGUGAAUUUAGAUAAUGGAAACUUGUAUGUUAAAGAAAGGAUAGACAGAGAAAUAUUGUGUAGAGCAGCAGCUACUUGUAUGCUAAUAUUUGAUGCAUUAGUUGAGAAUCCCUUAAAUGUUUUUCAUGCUAAAGUGGAAAUUGAAGAUAUAAAUGAUAAUGCUCCAAGAUUUGUUAACAAAAUAAAUGAAGUGAAAAUUAUUGAAUCUGCUGCACCAGGAUCAAGGUUUAUUUUACAAAAUGCACAAGAUUCAGAUGUGGGCAGUAACUCAUUUAUAAACUAUAAGCUUAGUGAUAACCAAUACUUCUUACUUGAGAUAGAAACCAGCUCUGAUGGAAGUAAAACACCAGAACUUGUCUUAGAAACACCUUUGGACCGUGAAAAACAAAAUAUAUAUAAAUUAGUUUUAACAGCUUAUGAUGGAGGCAAUCCUGUUCAAACUGGGACUACCAUUAUCAAAAUUAUAAUUUCAGAUGUUAAUGAUAAUGUUCCUAUAUUUAGUCAAGAUAUGUAUAAAGUAAGCAUAAAAGAAAAUAUACCUAUUUCUUCAAUAAUACUUCAAGUAAAUGCAACUGACAAGGAUGAAGGUUCCAAUGCUGAUAUAUCAUAUUCAUUCAGAAGCAUUUCAGAAUAUGCUGCUUUAAAAUUUAGCAUUGAAGCGAAAACUGGAGAAAUUCAAACUAAGGGAAACAUUGAUUUUGAAGAAGCAACAAAUUACGAAAUAUCUGUGCAAGGAAAGGAUGGAGGUGGCCUAGUCUCUCAAACAAAAGUUUUAAUACAAGUUAUAGAUGAAAAUGACAAUGCUCCUGAUAUAUCAGUAAAAUCUAUUUCUACUCCAGUUCCUGAAAAUUCAUCAAUUGGCACUGUUGUAGCACUUAUAGAAAUUCAUGACAAAGAUUCUGGAAUAAAUGGUGAGGUUGAUUGUCAAAUUAACAUCCAGAUGCCAUUUAAAUUGAUAUCUUCAUCUGCUAACUAUUAUAAAAUUAUUACAACAGGCGAAUUGGAUAGGGAAAAAAAUCCAUGCUAUAAUGUUACAAUUCUGGUGACUGACAAAGGAAUUCCAUCAAUGUAUACUAAAAAAAUAAUUACAUUGGAAAUAUCUGAUAUAAAUGACAAUCCUCCAUUAUUUGAAAAUAAUUAUUUUGUUGUCUACAUCCCAGAAAACAACAUUCCAGGAACCUCUUUCUAUAGCAUACAUGCCUCUGAUAUGGACAGUGAAGAAAAUGCAAAGCUUGUGUAUUCCAUUUUAAAUUCAAACAAAGAGGAUAUCUCUGUAUCCUCUUACCUAUCUAUAAACCCAGUAACGGGAGUUGUAUAUUCUCAGCGGUCAUUUGAUUAUGAGAAACUGAAAGAAUUUUCUAUCCAAAUAAUGGCCAGGGACAGUGGAUUCCCAUCUCUAAGCAGCAAUGCAACACUUAAAAUAUAUAUUGUAGAUCAGAAUGACAAUGCACCAGAAAUCCUCUACCCAACAUUAGUAAGUGAAGCUGGUCCGGCUUUGAUAGAGAUGGUUCCUCUUUCUUCUACAGAAGACUCUUUAAUAACUAAAGUGGUAGCAGUGGACGCUGAUUCUGGACACAAUUCAUGGCUCUCCUAUCACUUCUUACAAACCUCAGAAACAUCCCCUUUCACUAUUGAUCAUCGUACAGGUGAAAUCCGGACCACACGUAACUUUCAUGAGAAAGAUUCAUUAAUGCAAAAGGUUGUGAUUAUGGUAAAGGACAAUGGAAAUCCUUAUCUCUCAGCUACAGUUUCCCUAAAUUUAGUUGUUGCAGAUAAUUUUCAGAAAUUUCUUCCAGAACUUAUUGAUCAAGUAAAAAAUAUUCAGCCUCAAUCUGAUUUGCAAACUUAUUUAAUAAUAGCUCUAGCAUUAAUUUCAAUUUUGUUCAUAUUAACAGUGUUCAUAGUCAUUAUUUCAAAAUCCCGAGAUUCACGUUCUUCAGCAAGUUUUGGAUCUUUUAGCACAAAUCUGUACCCUCAAGUUGAUCCCAGAUUUGUCUCACAAUUUAACAAUGGAACUUUACCUCUUCCCUACCCGUAUAAUUUUUGUGUAGCAUUAGAUUCAAGUGAAAGUGACUUUACAUUAACACAGCCAGUUCAAAAAGUCCCAACUGUGAAUCUUAUUGAUGCUGAUGAUGUAGAAACUGGAAAUGAAAGUGUCAAAGAUCAAUUUUCAACUUGUAAUCUUGGGCAGCUUAACGUAGUCAUUACUGGAUUCUUAGUCAAGUCAGUAACAUUUUUAUUGUUCCUAUGGUGA